GCACCAUUCAAUCUCAAUCAGCUCUCACGCGCUCUGCCUACCGGAGUCACUUUCGCUUAGAAACAUGUCAUCACUUUAACUAAAAGUGUUCCUUGAGACUUUGUCUAUUUUAAGGAAGUGUCUGCACCAGCACAGCACAACACCUCGCGCUGUCGUUUGGCAGAUGUUCAACAGUGGGCACUUUGUGUUGUCUCGCGUGAGAUCUGAAACAAGCUGGUUAUUUUCACCUGAUCGCGCUUCGCGGGCUUCUUCGAGAUGAAGAGGAGAGACAAGCUGAAAAUCCCCUCCCUCACUUUGGAUUUGUCACCCAGCCAGAGCCCCAUCAUCCUGAGUCCAUGCAGUCCAGGCAGCCCCUGCAGUCCCUUACAAUCCCUUCACCCCUGGAGCUGUCGCAACAGUAAUAGAAAGAGCCUUGGGGUUGGAACGCCGUCGCCCACCCGCCCUCUUUCGCCUCUGUCCGCCCACACAGGUAAUACUCGCUGUCACAUGACAUUGAGCUGGCCUAAUUAUAUAGGAAUAUCAUUCUGUCUCCUGAAAUGCUCUUUGUUUUCUCUCUGUAGAGCGGAAGGGAGACGGUGGUCUCUGGCUUCACUUCCAUCCUCAGGUUACGGGACCAACCCUCCCAGCUCAACCGUCUCAUCAUCAUCUUCAUCACAAGAACGACUGCACCAGCUUCCAUACCAACCCACACAGGACGAGCUUCAUUUCCUGUUCAAACACUUCCGAAGUUCGGAGAGCAUGACUGAUGAAGAUGGGCGGCCCUCCCCGUUUAUGCGACCCCGGUCACGUAGCCUUAGCCCUGGACGAACUGGCGGCUCCUUUGAUAAUGAAAUUAUAAUGAUGAACCAUGUCUAUAAGGAGCGUUUUCCAAAGGCCACCGCUCAGAUGGAGGAGCGUUUGCUGGAAGUCAUCAGGCAGUUUUCCCCAGACAGCACCCUACCGCUGGGAGACGGCGUCCUGGGAUUUAUCCAGCACCAGUUGGUGGAGUUGGCCAGGGACUGUCUGGAUAAAUCCCAGAAGGGCCUGAUCACAUCCCUGUACUUCAUAGAGCUGCAAGAUAAACUGGAAAAAAUGCUGCAUGAGGCUCUGGAGCGCUCUGAGAGUGAGGAGGUUUCAGUGAUCACCCAGCUGGUGAAGAAGAUCCUCAUCAUCAUAUCACGCCCGGCACGACUGCUGGAGUGUCUGGAGUUUGACCCUGAGGAGUUUUACCAUCUACUAGAGGCUGCAGAAGGUCACGCCAAAGUCGGCCAGGGCAUCAAAACGGAUAUUCCCCGCUAUAUAAUCAACCAACUUGGACUUAACCGUGAUCCCCUUGAUGAAGUUGUGCAGCUCGAGGAGCAGUAUGACUCUGGCCCCACACUGACAGUCGAUUCUGAAGAAUCCGCAGAGCAAAAUAAAUCUUUACCCACACCACUACGAAGAAAACCCCUGGAGAGUGAUUUUGAGACUAUAAAACUCAUCAGUAAUGGGGCUUAUGGGGCUGUGUAUCUGGUAAGGCAUAAAGAAACUCGACAACGUUUUGCUAUGAAAAAAAUCAACCGGCAAAACCUGAUUCUGCGGAACCAGAUCCAGCAGGUGUUUGUGGAGCGAGACAUCCUGACGUUUGCAGAGAAUCCCUUUGUGGUCAGCAUGUUCUGCUCCUUCGAGACCCGCAGACACCUGUGCAUGGUCAUGGAGUACGUGGAAGGUGGUGACUGUGCCACUCUGCUAAAGAACAUGGGUCCACUUCCUGUGGAUAUGACCAGGAUGUAUUUUGCGGAGACGGUUCUGGCGCUGGAGUACCUGCACAGUUAUGGCGUUGUGCACAGAGAUCUCAAACCAGACAACCUCUUGAUUACUUCAAUGGGACAUAUUAAACUGACUGACUUCGGGCUCUCCAAAAUCGGCCUCAUGAACAUGACAACCAAUCUGUACGAGGGCCAUAUUGAGAAAGACACUAGGGAGUUUAUCGAUAAACAGGUUUGUGGCACCCCGGAGUACAUCGCUCCAGAAGUGAUCUUGCGGCAGGGCUACGGGAAGCCUGUCGACUGGUGGGCCAUGGGUAUCAUCCUGUACGAGUUUUUGGUGGGAUGUGUGCCGUUCUUCGGAGACACAACGGAAGAGCUUUUUGGGCAGGUUGUCAGUGAUGAGAUUAUCUGGCCAGAUGGAGAUGAUGCCCUUCCUGUAGACGCCCAGGACUUGAUCACACGAUUACUGAACCAAAACCCACAGGAGAGGCUUGGAAGAGGUGGGGCUUCAGAAGUAAAGCAGCAUAUGUUCUUCAGCGGUCUAGACUGGAACGGACUCCUGCGUCAGAAAGCUGAAUUCAUCCCUCAGCUGGAGGCCGAAGACGACACUAGUUAUUUUGACACUCGAUCUGAACGCUACCAUCAUUUGGCUUCUGAUGAGGAUGAUGAAACCAAUGAUGAAGAGUCUUCCCUUGAAAUACGACGGUUUUCCUCUUGGUCAAAUCGUUUCAGCAAGGUGUAUAGCAGCACAGAGCACCUGGCCACCCCAUCCAACCUGAGUUUCUCCUCCGACCGCAGUCACAGUGAAGAGAUAGAGGACCGGGCAGACGGGAGGGACACUCACUCAUAUGGAGAGAUCCAGCGGCAGGCCUCCACUGGAGACAAGAGGCUCUCGGCUCAUAGGGCAAGUCUGCGCCCUCGCACUUCUUCCAGCUCCUCUCAGCCUGAGCGAGCUGUGAGCCCCCUAGUGGUGAGCAGCACACACAGCCUGGAGGCCAUGCCUCGAUUCGCCCUCUCCACAGACGAUGAGGCUGAAGUUGUCGUAUCCAACCUGCGACGAAUCCGACUACGUAGCAACAGUACAGGAACGAAACACUCGUCACCAAGGGAACAAGGGAGUCCUCAGUGCUUUGGAAACCAGCUGGAGACGCCUGACAGGCAGCGACUCUCACCAGGACGCAAAGUCCCCAAGUCUGCAUCAGUGUCCACCCUCUCGCUCAUCAUCACGCCAGAUGACGGGAGUGGCAGCCUGCAGGCGCGCUCGAUUUCACAUCGAUCAUUUUCCUCUAAUCCAUCAUCCCGAGACUCCUCCCCCAACCGAGACCUGUCACUCAGCAUCAGCAGGCUCCGCCCCCCCAUCAUCAUCCACAGCUCUGGGAAGAAAUAUGGCUUCACCCUGCAGACCAUUCGAGUGUACAUGGGGAACAGCGACAUCUACACCAUACACCACAUGGUCUCGGGCGUGGAGGAGAGCAGCCCUGCCCAUGAGGCUGGACUGCGAGCGGGUGAUCUGAUCACUCAUGUGAAUGGAGAGUCUGUGCAGGGUCUAGUGCACACAGAGAUGAUGGAGCUGCUUUUGAAGAGCGGUAACCAGGUGACCCUGCAGACUAUCGCGCUGGAGGACACGUCUAUAAAGAUUGGGCCGGCACGCAAGCACAGCUGUAAAGGAAAGAUGGCCCGCCGCAGUAAGAGGAGCAAAUGGAAGGACAGUCAGGACCGGAGGCGCAGCAUGCUGAAGAAGCUGUCCAAACAGAGUACCGUCAUGCACAGCAGCCGCAGUUUCUCCUCCGGCCUGCAUCACUCUGUGUCCUCCAGCGAGAGUCUGCCAGGCUCUCCCACCCACAGCCUUUCCUCUGGACCCACAACACCCUGCCGGAGCCCCGUUCCCGACCACACCGUUGAUGCCAGCCUGCCCCAGAACGCCUCUCCAUGCUCCAGCUCUCCGAGUUCACCGGCAGUCCAGAUGCGGCCCAGCUCUCUCCACGGCCUCGGCUCUAAACUUAGCAACCAGCGUUACACUAAAGUGGGGAGACGGAAGUCCACCAGCAGUAUCCCGCCCUCGCCUCUGGCCUGCACUUCUUCACCACAGGCCCUGUCCCCUCAGCGCUCCCCCUCUCCCUUACCCAGCAUCUCUAAAACCCUCCACUCCUUCCACGGCAAGACCCUCUCACCCCCCACCAUCAUUCGGCACGUUGUCCGACCCCGGAGUGCAGAACCUCCACGUUCCCCUCUGCUGAAGAGAGUCCAGUCUGCGGAGAAACUCUCGGGGGCUUUGUUUGCAGACAAAAAGCCCCACACAGCCCGCAGACACACGCUGGAGGUCCCACACUGCGAGGUGGACAUCCCGGGAGACGCAGAGGCGGAGGGGGCCUGUGGUGCGACAUAUACAGUGGAUCACGGCAGGCUGGGCGGGUACCUGUGCGCCCAGAGAUUGAGGGACUGGCCCGGUGAGCGCAUGGAGCAGAUUGUCGUAAUGCGCAAGCUGAAUCUCUCCGAACGUAGAGAUUCCUUCAAGAAACAAGAAGCCGUGCAAGAAGUGAGCUUUGACGAGCCAGAUGACAGGGCUCCUCAGAUACCCGCUCAGUCGGAGGAGGAGUGCGUGGCGAGGAGGAAUCAGCUGGUUCCCCAGAUCGCCGUGCAGGGAUCAGAGAGCGAGGAAGCGGAUGACUGGAGGCUUUGCUCAGAUGAAGAAGAGGAAGAGGCUGAGGAAAACGUGUCUCAGAAUCAGGGAGAACCUUGGGCCGACAAAGACGGCCCACUCUCCUCAGCAGCUGCACACGAAGCCGCAGAGACAGCGACGCCAGAAAAGCAGAGUCCAGAAAAAAGCAUCAGAGUCCAGAAAAAAGCAAACUGAAGGAGAGAUAAACGACUGAAGACUGUUACAUAUCCGAAGGCUUCUCAACCCAACCGCUGAGAUGUUUGUUGCCACGCAGAAUUCAAACAAUUACCGAGUGGAGUAUUUUAUUAGAGUAUAAAUGGAAGUAAGCUAGUCUUAUGCAGGGAAUAUUUAUGCUUUUUUAUAUAGAAUUUACACUGGAGAUGUACUGUUGGCCAAAAAGAGAACUUAAUGGUUGCUAGUACAUUUUUCUCACCUUCUGUGAACCUGUUGAGGGAAAUUGAAUGACUUGAUUUUUCUAUGAAAAUGUGCCAAUGCUUCGAAUUCAUUUCAUCCUCCAAGAGCCUUUCAUUUUUGCACCGACUUUGUGUGCGAUGUUAAAAGCUACAAGUUCAAAUGAUAUUUGAAUGGAAUUGUCAUGUGGCCCAUUUCAUGUAUUAUUUCACAAUCUCAAAGAGUUUCCAGAGUGUUUGAAAUGAUACGUGCGAAGGG